AGGUCGCCGUGUAAAAAUAGUCUUGAUUCUCGGUUUUGUCGUGCCGUCUCAGUGAGAUUUUUCUAACGUCUGAAUGUAAGACUAAGACUCUUUCACAUUUGCAUAGUUUCGAACUCUUGAUUUUCAUUUUUGUCUUCGUCUACUUGUUCUUUCCAAGGUCAAAAUGGAGUUCUUCGUCAUGAGAAAAAUUCUUUGUGUUUCUUUGCUUAUCGCCGCUGUCGGCCAACCGCGGACAGUAAUUGCAGCAGCACCUCGCUUUGCAUCAAGAUCCGGCGAGGAGGGUGGUUUUCUUCUCAACAUUGUGCCGCAGACGUAUUGGUAUCAGGACAACGCCCACGUCAAAAAUGACAAUCAUUCGCCCCUUCUACAUCCACUGAAACCUCCUGCUCCGCCCGACAGUUGCGACAAAAAGCAGGGUUUUGACAUCGAGAUCGUGAAAGCGCAGCAUCCGCCAAGACAACAAACUUCCGAUAAAGUACUUGAGAAAGAAAUAGACUAUUCCGCCCCAGACCCACCUUCCGUCGUCCAGGCCACCUGGCGAAUCUUACCGCUGAAAGCGAAGGAGAUCUGGUUUGCGACCAAGGAGGCUUUUGGGAAUUUCCGCUUUUACCCGCACGCGCGGUCACGCUGGAGUUACGGGCGGGAGAAGGAUUUUCAGAUUUUCUCCGCAAAUGGGACGAGUAUUGUGGUUCAGCAGAACAUCACGGUGAGGACGUUUCCGAUACUAGAGGGUACAAGUAGUGGUGUAGCUGAUAACAACAAAGAGACGGACCAGCAAGCUGGUAAAAAGAGAAAGCUUUUCCGCAGCUCCCGGCUCUUCGGAGAGGGAGCAGCUCGUGGUGCGGGUAAAAAACCAGUUUCAACAUCCGAGCGACAGCAUGAUCUCUUUCCCUGGUCCAGACACGAGUUGGUGACGGUGAACAUGACGUUUUCGCUGGUGAAGCCAUCCGAAGACCCCACCGUUUCUUUGAAAACUUCGGUGGAGAUUCCGGACCAAGUCGGACAUUCUUUGAAACCGACAACUAGCUUCUCGAAACAGGGCACCACUGCGUUCGUCUUGAAUGCUGCUGGCCGCGCGAUCCAGUUCGAACUGGACUGGAAGAUGCUGUUUCCUGGUUCUUCGAGCACGAUCGUGAAGGGAAAUCAGCAUGACAAAGAUGUAAGUUCCAGUUCCUGCGCGAACUGCAUGACGAAGGUGAAGAACCCAGCAAAACUAUCCCGCCCCCAACUUCACCGCCGAAUCGUUGGCCUUGGCCCGCAGUACAGCUACAGUGAUUUAACAGACCAGGGUCCGAUCCAGCUUUUUUCUCAGGAGCAAGGUGCCGGGCGCGGGAAGGAGCCGAUCACUUUCUUCGCGAAUUCGUUUUACCCCUUUGCCGGGGGCGAUGCGUUUGCGAGUUACAGCACCGUGCCGGUGUGGAUGGAUCUGGAUACAGGUACACCUACUACCGGAGAAAUAAAUUCAACAACAACUUCUCAUGCAGUUCUAGUCACGGCGAAGGAGUAUGCGAUGGUGGAUUUUAAAACAACGACCAGUGGGAAAACGAGCAUAGGAGAUUGGAUUUGUGAUUCGAAAUUGCAUGACAACAAGAACAAAUUCCAAGACAACACUACCACCAACGGUUUAACAGUCGGGACCAGCUUGUCUCUCGUGUUCAUGAAGGAUUGGGUGCUGAACGAAACUAGCAGUACCAAAGUCCAUGAAUUUGAAACGAGACUGGUCCUGCUACCCCCGAUGGCAGCUUCAAACAGCAGCAACGCAUCCGGAGUUGUACCUCCACCGCGAAUCAUGUAUUCAGGCACUAGUACAACGCCAACAGAACAGCUGGUUUUGAAAAUCAACGAACAGAUCGCGGAUUUGUACAAAAAGUCGUACACAACUGCAGAAGUAAGUGCGCCUACCAUUCCGAAGACGCAGGAGAAACAGACACCGUCUAGCAGCACGGCGCAAGAACACAAAUCCGCCAGGAGCAGCGCAACCACUACCUCUACGCUACGACCACUUUUCCAGCCCUACCAAAUCCCUUCCUGGGUGUCCGAAAACGGGGCGAUUUUAGGGUUGGAGGGCGGGAUGGAGAAAGUGGAGAGACGAUUGACUAAAGUUUACAACUCCACUAUGCUGUGUAAAAUCAUCCCCACCCUUGAGUUGUAUAUGCAAAUCUAAAUCUGCAUGCUUAAAAUGUUUCUCAUGCGGAGACCCAUGAGAGGCGUUUUCUAGUGGCUAUUUCAGAUUUGUCAUGCUCCAGUCAGCAUGACAGACUGGAUCUAUGACGCUGGUGAACUAGCUAAACUUGACUAAGUUGCAAGCUUAAAUUUGUCAUGCGCGACAGCCAAAGCUUAGAAAUUUGUGUACCGCAGAUUUCCAAUCUUGACUAUGGUGUGGGGACGUUUUUAGUCAGGAUAUCCACUCCGAAACCAAAAAUCGCCGCAGUGUGGAUCCAGGACUGGUCUGGGUUAGUAACUAUCCUGAGUAUAAACGUCCCCACCCCGGACUUGUCAUUCAAAUCUUCAUGCCAAAAAAGUUUCUCAUGCGGAGGUCCAUGAGAAGCAUUCUCAAGUCGUGUUUUGGAAUUUGUGAUGCUAGAAUCAGCAUUAUAUGAGAGACCUGUUACGCUGCUGAACUAGCUAAACAGAGUUACACUACAAACACAAACUUGUCAUGCGGAACAGUCAAAGCUGGCUGGUUUGUCUAGCAGUUAUUCGUGUUAGGCCAUAGAAGGUUGCCACGUCGUUAGCGCAAGGUUUUGACUAGGUAUGAAAACAAAUAACCAUCAUAACAAAAGGCACAACAAAGAUACCAGCACCUCCCCGGUGAAGGGGAGGUGUUUGUAUGUUCAUUCCUUUGUCUUCAUUCUAAACCCACAGGCCUUUUUUUUUUUUUUUCAGUUCAGUGGAGGGAUGAAGUCUUUGUAUGCGGUCCCAGUUAAGACGCGAAUUUGCAGGAGCUGUUCACAGUCAGGGCAAAAAUUACGGACAAAAAAGCAGGGGGAGCAUGGGUGUUCUAUUUGUGUGCUGUGUGAUAGGCUCAGGAUCCUGAAGGUUUCGAAUAAAAAGACUCUCUGAAGGCGGAGUACUAAGCACGUAUGCAGGUAACAACAUCCGGUAUAUGAAUCGUUUGCAUGAUGUGAAAGUCUCCUGCUGCAUUUUUGAAAGUGAGUGAUAUGUAUGAGCACUGGUUGGGAACAGCAAAUUUGUAUGGCUAAGAAAAAAUUCCAAAAGCGCAGUGGCGUCUGCGUCUUAGCAAAGGAGGGACUUGACUUCUAUUGGCUUGGGACGAAGAGAAGGUCGCCAGCAAGGAAAGCAGGAAGGCAGAAAAAGGGAAAGAGGCGCCAGGUACGAAUGGGUCUGCGACCUCCUUGCUAUCGUGUUGCCGCACCAUAGCGAGGUAAGUGUCAGACCCAGGGCCCUACCUGUUUAUCGGAGCAGCAAACCAAGACUGAAGGGCUGGACGGGAAAGGUAUUGACGUGUGAGUGCUCUGCGCCUGACACGUCACACAUAGCAACAGAGAUCAAACGGGCGACACGAUUACACUUUUCGCCGAUGUUGCUAUCUGGAGGCAAAUCGCAGUCGUAUCACACCCCCGCGAGAUAAUAACACAGAAUCGAUCAGAUAAGAAAAGGGCGAGACACGCAACUAGGGACGGUGCGCCUUUGUGCAUCUAUUUCUCAUCGAGUCCAGCAGAAUGAGCCAAGGACACUGCCACCAAUCCGACAGCGGCCGCCCCGGGGUGGUAAGUGUCGUCCAGACCGACGGCAACAUAUUCUGCUGGGUGUGGGGAGUAGAUUCCCAAAGGAGGAGGGAAGUAUGUCAAAAUAUGCAUGAAGGGAGCCUGCCCUCCCUGGGGGAGUUGGGCGCGCGAUCUUGAAUUACCUUCAUUUGAAUCAAAGUAAAGUUUUGCAUGCGGAGGUAAGGCAAGUUCGUGCUGCAAAUCAGUGGGAGGAUUGGAUAAGUUAUUGCCUGAGGAAAUUUUAGGCUGUCAUGCAUGAUGUGCAUUUCUAUGUAUGAAGUAGCCUUCACUUGGUGAAGCGUGCGUUGAUUUGUAUGGAAUUUGUAUAAGCAUUUCCCCUUGCAAUAAUUUCUGGUAACAUUCUAGCGGCAAGAAUUGCACCAAUCCAAACCUCCGCUGAGAUGCAGAGUGACAUACUCGAGGAAGGGCGCCUACCUCUUUGCGUGUUCGAACGAUAAGAGUUCCUCUCCCUUUUCUUCUUUUUUUUUGCAUGCGGGUAGCCGUGUAUAGAGGCUGAGAUCCCCUCGCGCAGGCAAAAAAAAAAAAUUUCCCAGCUUGACUACGGGGUGGGCAGGUUUUUGCUCGGGAUAGUAACCACCAGCUUCGCGAAGAGGGUGGUGUGGGACUGGAGAUUGGAUGAAAGUUACUAUUAUCAAAUGUAAAAGUGUCUGGGUCUGGAAGAAUGCGCGAUUUGUCAUGCAGCUUUUCCAUGACCCAUGAGGUCUGGAAUGCAGGACCUAGCAUGACAGAUUCUGUGCGACCUUUCUCAUGCCUAUCCUGCAUGAGAAACUGCCUCCCGACUUGGUCAAAACUGGACGACUUUUGGUAAUCAUGCAACACAGAUUUUUGGAUGCUGCAGAUUUAGCAUGACAAGUUGCAUUCUUCCAGACCCAGACAUUUUCACAUUUGAUAACUAUUCCGGCUUUAAAGAAUUUGUGGAGAAGUGGUGGAAUUGCUGCAAAAUCCGGGUGAUGACGUAUGUGAACCCGUAUUUGUCUGCGACUUAUUCAGAUAUGGAGCAGAAAACAGGAAGGCGAACACCAUCACAAGGUAAAAAUACUAUCGCGGAAACUACACUAGCAACCGGCCAUCAACAGCGUCGAGUGGAAACGGAAAGUGAAUCACGGACGUUGAAAAAUAACCAUCUGCCAAUGUUCCAAGAGGCGAAAAUGUUGAAUUAUUUGGUGAAAGUUUUUAACACUUCUAGCUACGAUCCAGCUGCGUCUGUUAGCAACCGAUCCAUCGCAAACGAAACCGUGAUAUUACCCUCCGCAACUGACGACUUCCGGUUCGGAUUGCUGGAUUUAGCGAGGGAAGAGGUCCGAGCAUGGUUUACGGAGAAGUUGCUGUGCAAUGUCAUGAUGACAAACAUCGUUCCGGGCACGGAGUGCUACUACAAAAAUCAGAGGAAGAAUCCAAACGGAAAAAACGAGUCGACCAGCACCGCCCCACAACUUGCCUUGGUCCAUGGUUGGAUGGCGGAUUUCGGAGAGUAUCUACCCUUCUCCUAUUUCAAACACGACGACGGUCAAAACCAGGACAACAGCACGAGUGAAAAAAUUGUCUGGUCGAUUGCAGAUCACCACGAUUAUGCGGAGCAGUGGCAAUUAGUGAACCGAAUGGCGAUCGAGAAGUAUGAAAGUGCGAAAUUGUUGUUGGGUAAGGAAUUACCUCCGGUCGUUGAUGUUGGAAAACAGCAUGACAAACUACUUCCCGCUCGUCCAAAUAAACUUUCCACAACGUCGUCAACCAAAACUGACAUUUUUCCCUUUUUCCGCUCCGCCUCCCUCUUCACCUCAGAAAUUCUCAACUCCCACUGGAUGGGCGACCAAAUGACCACCUGGGACGCGUGCGACGGCUUCCAUUCCGCAGUGAUUGGCGCAAGUAACGCUGGGUUCAGCAACUGGCGCAACAUCCACAGCGAUCUCGGCGGGUACACCAUGACGGACGCGACCAGUUACAAGGUGCCCGGAACCGGUGACCGGAUUAUCAUCGUCCCGCCGAUCUACAGGUCGAACGAGCUACUGAUCCGGUGGAUGCAGUAUUCCGCUUUCGCGGAGUCGGCUUUUCGGUCCUAUGAAAUGCAAAAGCAUCGUACUAGUAUAAAUCGCAUGACAAAUUCCCUCAGCAUGAAAAAUGGAAUUUGUAAUGCGGAUUUAGGUUAAGAUGGAGAUUUGUAAUGCAUGAAUGCGAUUACUACGAGUGCGAUACUUUUGCACAGGAUAGGUCCCACCCGGGAACAAAACCGAAUACCAGCGCGCAAGUGUACGAUGACACAAUUUUGGAUUCCGGGUAUCCCGUGUAAAAACACCCCCACCCCAGAGUUGUCAUGCAUUUCUGCAUGCCAAAAAAGUUUCUCAUGCGGAGCCCUAGGAGAAACAUUUUUUACUCGUGUUCUGGGAUUUGUGAUGCUAGGAUCAGAAUGCUAUGCGAGAUCUGUGAUGCUUCUGAGCUAGCUAAACAGGAUGACACUACGAGGACAAACUUGUCAUGCCAAACAGCCAAAGCUGUGUGAUUUGUCUGGCAGAUUUCCCAUCUUGACUGUGGUGUGGGGACGUUUUUAAUCAGGAGACUGGGUUGUUUCAGUUUUACUCAAACGUGUUUGCCGCCGGGGCGGAGUAUAGGAGGGUGGUGAGUGAAGGGGGUGUUCAGCUUCUUCCCGUGGAACGAAUAAAUCAGGAGAACAGCUCACCUUCAUCGCAGGACCACGUUAAUAGCAGCACAAGAACUACAAACGCCUUACCGCUUCUCCGACACGGAAGCUUGGUGGUGACUGGCGCGAAUGGAAACGGGGAUAUUUGGUGGGAAAAGUUAGACGAAGAGAAGAAUAGAACUGGGGAUCAUGCGGAAGCCAGCAAUACAAAAACAGCAUCCAAUGCAGUUCUAGCAUCAGAAACAAUGUCGACUACAGUAGACAAGGAAAAACCACCACCAGCAUCCGAAGUUGCUGUAGAACCAGCCACAUCAACAAGUACUUCCACCUUCCCCUGGCCGCCGUUCCCGUUUUUGCGAGACGACUGUAUGAGCGGGAAAGGAACACUGGUCGGGGAAAACCAGUUUUUUGUGGGUCCAGAACUCUUGAUCGCCCCGGUGUUCCAAGCCAGACAGUUCACGAAGAAGGUUUACUUGCCGUCAGGGAUGAAAAUAUCGAAGAGGACGAUGAGUAAAAAUAAAAAUGUCACCACGACGAGGACAUCAACUAUUCCCUGGAAGUGGCAGCAACUCUUCACAAACGACACCUUCACGGGGGAAGAUGAUUUUGUCACCGUGAAAGCACCACUGGAGUACAUCCCGGUGUUUUACAGAAUUGACGAAAACGCGAGAUUCAAGGAAGUUUUGGAAGCUGCGUACGGGAACUUGACCAUUGGAAAUUUGACAGGGAGGCGAGGGAGAGGGGAAUUGGAAAAAAUAGCUGAUUUACUGUUACGGCAGGACGAUUUGAAAGCAAAAAGUUGGAAUUUGAAGAGAAAUGAUUUACAGAUCCCCGUUAGUAGAGGUGAAAGAACAUCCAUAGGCGGUGGUCUGCCUGGUAAUAAUGUUGAUUUUGACAAGAGAAAAACUGAAGAAGAAAUUUUUGCGUAGAAAUGGUAAAUGAAGCAAAUUUGUUUUGCGUUUUUCGUUUGCGCCAAACGACUCUGAUAGUAGUUAGGCUAUGCUUGCGG